AUGGAGCUGUACCUCAGUGCUUGCGCCAAAGCUGCCAAUGUGGCCGCCCACAAAACAAACAGCAGCACCGUGGCCACCGACAGCCAGCAGUGUGGAGACGGAGCCCACAAAACCCAGUUUCCCGGGGUGGGAGCAGCUCAGCUACUGGAUCUGCCCCUUGGGGUCAAGCUACCUGUGAUCCCAGGAAGUGAUACAGUAUAUUUUACUACGAAUAUAAGUGAAAAGCUUUUUCGACCUUCCUAUGAUUUUAACCUGACUGAUCCUUACUGUCGACUUUUGGAAAACCAGUAUAAAAGUCUCCAUGAUCCACAUUUAAGAGAAUAUUAUAAACGCAAAGAUAUCCUCCGGAGAUUAAAAAAAGGUGGUUACAUCACCAGCAAUAAUAAAAUUGUAUGCACCUUGAAAGAAUUGAAUAAGUACAGACAAUAUCUUACCAGCUUAAAAUUAGAUUUCGAAAGAAACUAUUCAAGGGAACAAGAAAUGAUUGCAAAACAACUUCAUAAGCUGCAGCACCGCCAUGAAACGGGUAUUACACAGUUUCACAAUUGGUUGUUACAGGAUGGCACCCAGUCUGUUAAGGACCAGGAGCGGUUAAUAAGGCACAGGUACUUAGAUAUGAUAAGUAAGGAAUUAGACCAACUAGAGCGCACAGCAGAAGAGCAGCGCCUACUCCGAAUGGAUAGAGAAGAGAGACGACAACGAGAAUACACGAGAAAAAAACUGAAUCUUCGUAGAAAAAUUGAAGAGGAGUGGAAGACAAAGGAGAUGUUACUCCUGACAAGGAUCGGAGAAGAUGUUAAAAGAGAGCAGAGGGUAGAGGAACAACGGCGUAAGAGCAGAGAAGAGAGCGAUAAAAAGAAACAAGCCAUGCUAGAGAAAAAGAUGGCUUACCAUUUACAAAAAAUGCAAGACACGGGAUUUAGAGAAGAUACAGGAAAGAGCACAAUUGAAUACAGAGGAUAUGAUGGAACAACCCAUGAAUUUUCUCCAAAGAAGAAAAAGAGAUCUGAUGAAGUAAAAGUUGUUGGUGAACAGAAAUCUUCUAAAGAAUCCAACGGACCCAUAGGAAAUUCUCUUCAUCAGUCUCCAAGUAUGUCAAAAAAUGCUGCAAAAAUAUCAGCAACUUCUGUAGAUGUACAGAAUACUAGCUUAGAACAGAAGAAAAAUGAAUCAUAUAAUAAAAAACCAAGUGCUGCUGAUGAUAAAGGAACUACGAGUAUAUCUAAUGCAGAUUUAAUUGCUUCAAAUCAAAAUUCACCAACAAGAAAUUAUUACAAACAAUCACAGUUAUUUUCGACUUCUCCAAAACCAGAGAUUCCUGUAGAGAAACUCUCAGAAAUGAAAGAAAAACAGAUUGAACAAUUUGAAACUGUGGGAAUAAUUUCGCCACAGGAUCUUCUACAAAGUUGCUUGCAAGAAAAAGUAACCUCUGAAGAACUGAAUAGUAUAAUUCACAAUAUAAUGACAUGGGUUGUAGCUACAGUGACUAGUAUAUUAUAUCCAGCCAUCACAAAGUAUGAAGAAAGACUGAAACACAGCAGAUACCCAGUGUCUGAUGACUCUGACCUUUCUUCAGAUAGUUCAAGCUUCUGCAGUACAUGCAGUGAAGAGUUUACACACAGACGCUUCACUUCCACUGUGGCCAAAACCUUUCACACAGAGCCUUGCACAUUUGAUGGUAGCAUGUCAGUGAAAAGACAGACCACACCUUUAAAGCCUCCUUCUGCCCAUGUAGAAAAAACCGUUGUAGAAAAAACAGAGCAACGUGAAGAACAAUCUGUAACCUCCCAAGUCACCUAUAACAGAGCCAGCAUUGUAUAUCCAAUCCCAAGGCUCAGAACUAGUAAAUCUGAUAGUCAUCUUUUCACAUCACUUGACACGGGCACAAAAACAUCUAAGGAUGCUACCACUGAAACAGAAAGUGUAGACACUUCACUGAUCUGUGAUAAAAAAACAAAAGCUACAGCUGAGAUGAAGAAUUUAAAGAAUGUUUUUGUUAACUUUAAAUGUCACUUGCAAGGGGAAACUCAAAUGAUUUUAGAGAGUGUCUUUCAGGAAAUAAUGUCUGACUUAACUCAGGCAAUUCCCUCUCUUUCUUCUGUCACUGCUGAAGUUUAUGUGGAUCCUUAUGAGACUGAUAAAGAAGACUUGCUCUCCAAUGUUGAUAUCUGCUCAGUAGCUUCUGAGAUUGUGGAAAACAUGCUUGAGAAGCUAGAGUGUGCCGUUGAGAAAAAGUGUUUUCAGAUGUUUUCACAAGAAGAUUUGUCAAACAUCGAAACAAGUUUAUCCACGACUGGGGAAUAUUUCACAUCAUUAAGUGGAAAGCCUUCAAGAGAGUCACUGUGUUUUCAUUUAGAACCAAUGCGUGACAUUGCAGAGGAUAUGGUGCAUGCAAUUUUAGAAAAACUGUUGACUAUUGCAUCCUGUAAAAAAAGUGAAUCUCCGCAUGAAGACACAACUAAACAUACCUAUCAGCAGCAAAGAAUGGAUGCAACCUAUAGAGCUGUCAAGAAAUCCAGUUCUGAAUCUGAUAUGGAAGCGAAUUUAAUAAUUAAAGAAGAAAUACAAAAUUUAAUAUCAAGUAUUUUUUCCCGGCCCUCUUUGGUUGGUUAUAUAGAGGAAGCAAUUAGUACUAUACUAGGUUAUAUACAAACUGAACUUAAUAAUGACAGACUUACUGCUUCUGAAGAAACAGUAAUACUCCUUCAGUUACUUGAUGAUGUCCUAACUCAGCUUCAUCGGGACCCAGUAAAACCAAGUGUUUGUCAAAUACAGAGACAAUGUAGACUGAGGUAUACUGACAACGAAGAAAAGUACAGACUUAUUGGCCCUAGUUUGUCUCCACCUGUUAAGUCGAGAAAACGACUUCCUCUUGUUAAUGUUCCAGGCAUGGUCCUUUAUUCUGAAGAUGAAAGUGAAGAAAUAGACAACAUGGUGAAAAAUGUACUUGAGUCAUCCUUCAAGGAAGAAAAAGUGAGAUCACAAGAACCUAUUCCUAAUCCUUGGUUUUGUAAGGAACACACUUGCUUUGAAUACAUGAAAAAGAGGAAACCAUCUUCCAAGUGUGCCUCAGAACGCAAUUAUGCAUUGAAUGAAUGGGAUAGUGAUGAAGACAUUUUAAAGGAAAAGCCAUUUUUGAAAAAAGACAAUUCACUUUUCAGCCAAGAUCAAAAGCAUCAAAUUGUAAAGACUUCAGAAAACAUGGUUAAAUGUAUUUUAACAGACAUGCUCAGAGAUCUAUCUUGUGUUUCUCCUGGUCAUAUAGAUAAUAAAUUUAGCAAAAAAGGACUGCUACAUCAAGAGAACAUAGACCAGCUAGUUUCUGUGUCAGAAAUUAAUGAGGUAGCUGAAGAAAUAAUAGAUGCUGUGUUAAGUAUACUUCACAAGUCAUUAAUAUGCACCCCCACUACCAGUAAAAGUACCACUUUAUCCUCAGGUCACCCAACUUUUCUGGAUAGCUGUGAUAUUCCCCACAAAGCCAAGGAAACACCAAACAAGCAGCCACUAAAAGUGUGGUUUGACAGUGGAAAGAAAAUGAAAUAUCUAUCUUCACUCAACACAGAUUCUUCAAAGCCUUCCUGGUUAAGAUCAGAAGAAAGUGAGCCUCAACAUAUAGACGACAUUACUGAAAAGAUCAUUAAUGCAAUUUUUAGUAGGUUGAAAACAUUUGUUUGUCAAAAAUUGCAUUUGGACCCAAAACCUUCACCUACUGAGAAAUCAUCAUUCAAAUCUCAACUUAUUACUUACACAACUAAGAUAGUAAGCAUUGUUUUGCAUUCUAUCCAGAAUGAACUGGAAUUGAACAAGGUUAACCACACCAAACUACUCACAAGUAAAGGGAUUUUUGCUGAUUCUGAUAAAAGGUUAGAAUCGCAUGAAACAAAUCUCAGUGAAGACAACAUAAGUCCAUUGCUGAGCUUCAUUUAUGAGAUGCUGUCAAGUGAAAGUGAAGAUCAAAGAGGUGUUUCAUUAUCUUUAGAUAGGAAAAUGUCUGAAACUUCAUAUGAGUCCAAUGUUGAUAAACAAAAUGUGUUACCAAGUUUGCAGGACAAAAAGGCUUUUCACAAAUAUUUGGCUACUCCUUGUAUUCUUCACAGUGUCAUCAAUGGAAAGGAUCUGAAAGAGAAUGCCAACUUACAAGUGUUGGACAGAAUUGGGGAAACACUACAUGAAAUGUUAAGCAAACUCAUGGAUGCCCAUCCUGACCCUCAAACAUCUUGUAAUCAACAAGACAGAGAGAAGAAAAAUAAGGAUCAUCAAAGGAACACUACAUUGCAAUCCAAUGUUCCACUCGUUUCCAAAACAAUUUUGGAAUAUAUUAUUUCAAAAUUAUGUAGUGUUGACACAAAUAUUAAUGUUGAGAGCUCAGAAUGUAAGGCUGUCUCAAAAACUUUUGACAUCGACAACUUAUCAUUCAGUUCAAUUAUGGAGGAAAUGUCCAAAUGCACCAACAUAAUCUCUAGCAUACUUUCCAAGAUGAUGCACAAGGAUAAGAAAGAGGUGGUUAAAAGCAAGGUAAAAAAUAUUACAGUUGUAGAAGCCACAACAAACAUUUCAAAGGAUCUGCAUCCAAAUAAACUGAAAUCUGUUGCUUCAGAUAUUCUUAGUACAGUUUUUGCUAAACUGGAAGGAUUCACCAGUGGAAAUUUGGAGACUCAUGACACUACUCAGGAUGAGAAGAAAAAAGGCAAUAAAAUAGACUCGGAAUGUGCAAGUAAUGAUUGUAUGACAGAUACACCUGAAGGAGGAUUGCAGCAUGCUUUAUAUGCCCAUGCAAAGAAGAUAUCAAAUGCUAUUUUGAAAGCUGUUCAAACAGAAUUAAGUGAGAAUUCACCAGAUUUAAGUACACCUGUAAACAAUCCACUUGAGACACAGACAUUCAUGAAUAUAGUUAAUUUAAUUUUAGAUGCAGUAUCCUCUUCAGGUGAGUGUAAUGAAACUGAAAAUGGAGGCACUGAAUCAUGUGGCUACCAGCCAGUUUAUGGAAAUUUUCUUCCUGGAGGAGCUGAAUCAGAUUCAUUUACAGAAGAAUGCAAUGCCAAGACAAUAGCACUAAGAGAGGAAACUGAAACAGACUCUCCUCAACAACAGGUUCUAGAAAGAACCUUAAACAAGAUUGAAGUAAAGUUAAAAAAACAACGUAAAUCUCCAAUUAUUCCCAUUAUAAGAAAUAUUUUGAAUGAAAUUUUUCAAAACACUUUAAUCAAUCAACUGAAUGAACUUUCUCUCUCCCACUCUCAUUUGAAUGCCAUGCCUCACAGCAUUCAAGAGUCAACUGCUCAAGCAUCUGUCCCAUUUGUGGAAGAAAUGAUGGGUCCCUUAAUAUCUGACACAGAUGUGCGUAUAGUGGCAAAUGAUGUUGUUAAAACCGUCUUCCAUAAACUUUGUUCUGCUGCCAUCUUAGAAAGAAAUAUAAGCAAAAGUAGAUGUGAGACUAUCACUUUUUCAGCAAAUGUUUCUUUUCGUGAGCAUAGCUACAGAAGGAGCUCCUCUGUCACCAUGUUAAACAGCAAUCCAUGUACUCUUCGGCCAGGAUUUAAUGUUGACAGACAAACUAUGGGAAAUGUAGGUGAAGAUAUUGUAAAAGCAAUAUUAACAAAUUUAGAAAGUUUUGCUACCUCAAAAGUAAAUUCACUCUUUUUUUCCCAAGUGAAUUUCACAGUCCCAGUGACUUUACCUACUCAGCAGGAUAAGACUACCUCGAGCAAAGCAUUAUCAGAUACAGACUCACACUCCAAUGAGCAAUUUCCCUAUUGUGCAGAGGAUCAUGGCAAGUCAAAUCCAUUGUGCCAACUCUCUUUGUCCAAAUUAAGUAUUUAUGCGACACAGGUAGCCAGAAAAAUUUUACAAGGAAUCAAGCAUGAGUUAGAUAAAGAAAGGGAAAGUCCUUCCUUGGAUCAGAGUGUUGCGGUUUCUGAAAAUAUUGCAAGCCAGGUUGUUAACACAAUGCUGGAUAUUGUUUCCUGUCAGAACAAGUGUUCAACACCCAUCUCUGAUAAAGAGAAUGAUUUAGAUAUGCAAAAGAGUGUUACUGGGAAACUGUUCGACAACACUGAAUAUCGAAAAAAUCUUUGCUUUCAAAUACAAGAUACCACUGAAAGUAUCUUGUACAACAUUUAUGAAAAAGUCCAUAAUCAAAAUGUCUCCUUAGUCACACCCAUGCUGAAAUGUGACACAGCUUUCAAACAAGCAAAAGAAAAGUCUGAAUUACUGAUUGAGGGUGAAAGCAAGUUUAUUCCUAAGCAUUCAGUUCCUAAAUCAGAUGUCAUUUUGCUAUCCAGUGAUAUAAUAGACAGUGUCCUCUAUCACCUCGGUUUGGCUGUUACAAUUGUUAUAAAUACAAAGCUUCCUGAUGCCCCCAAACUGACUUUUAGUGAUAUACUCCCAAAAGCAGAAGGCCCAACUUCUCUCUUUAUGGAGUUAAAAAAUGAAGGAAAAGCAGAGCACUUCCUGUAUUCCAGAAGUAAGGAAUCAGCGUCUUCUGACUGUAAUCAAAUAGCUACAGAGGAGCAAAAAGACACCAAGGGGUGUGUUCUUGACCCUUGUGAGGAAAGUGCUAACUUCAUUACUGAAGCUAUUUGUAACCAUUUACAAUCUUUUGCUGUUGAAAGAAUAGGUCCAUUAAUUACUCCUGUUAUGCAGCCUAUAGAAAAGUCACUUAUCAGCCAAGAAUUAGAAAGCUGUAAACAAGGUAACAUGAUGUUUCAUGAGUCAAGCCAAGUAGAAUCUUGCAUGAAUAUAAAGAAAAUAACAGUAACCAAAAGCAUUCUCAAACAAGGACUUCUAGAGUCCACUUUUGCCAAUUAUACAGAAAAACCUGCAUCCAUAAUUCAUUUAUCACAUGCUAAUCUGAUGGAUUAUGCUUACAUUCUUGCCAGUGCCAUUUUGAAGCUUAUAAAAAGUGAUUUUGAAUUCAAAGUCCAAAACAUGGAUCAGUAUCCCAGCAGCAUUUUAUUUCAAGAAAAUAUUAUAGUGAGUGAAACUGUUGAUAAUAUCUUAAAUAUUUUGUGUAGUAGGAGAACUACAAAGGAAACAAGCUUGCCCUCAAAAGAAAAUCUUAAUUUUUUACCAUUAGCUGUAUCAAAUGAAGUAGCUCUAGGACACAUAGAAAAAGAUAAAAAGAGUACAAUGUCACUAUUCAACAAUCCACUGCAUCAGAGACAAAUGGCAUUGGAACAGGAUAGCCAGAGAAUUGUUUUGGAAGAAAUAUUUAUGAGAAAGAAAGAAUCAAGACAAAAAGAGAAAAGUGAAUUGCUCAGUGCAGUAAAACAAAUUUUGUAUACAUUGGAUCAGCGAGCCAUGGAUGUUAUGGGAUAUUUGCCUACAUUAAAUGAAACUCCUCACAUUCCAUCUAAUUCUAAAAUUAAAACAUCAGAUACAACACAAAAACAUUCCAUUCAACCAUAUUUCUACAAUGUAGCAAAAGAUAUAGUUGAAAAUGUUCUGGGGGAAUUGUACUCUCUUGUUAUGACAACAGUAUGUAAAAAUACUACAAUAACGGGAGAACCAGAAACAACUGAAGACAAUGAUAUUUCACCAGUGAACCAUGCAGCUUUUAGAGAAACUAAAGAAGCAAGAAAAAGAAGUAAACAUCCUAGAUAUGGAACACCAGAAAUGUGUGGAGACAGUAACAGUGCUUCUCUUUUAGAAGAUCCUUUUUUGCCAUAUUCACCAGUGCAAGUAGGAAAAGAUUUAGUUCAAAUGGUUUCCAAUAAGAUAACAAAUUUUAUCUCACGGCAUGCAAAAGAGAGUUUAUCCCCUGAAGCUUGCUCAAAUGAGUUGCAACUUUUUAGACCACAAACUCAUACAGUUAGUCCAAAGGGGAGCCCUAAGCUAGGUUUUAAGACAAAUUUGAAAGCAAAAGCCAAAGCCACCUCUUUGACAAAAUUUAAAACAAAAACAUACAUAGGACCAUGUGGUGGCAAGGUCAAAAGCAAGAUCAAGUGUGUUAACAGAGAGAAGACGCUGAUAGAUGGCCAGUCCAAGGCUGCCAUGGGACUGCCACACAGCCUAACGAUGGGAGAGGCCAAACAUGUACUGAAAACAAAAUUGCCCACCUUGGAACUAAUAAUGUAUGCCAAGGAUAUAAUAAGUGUCAUUUUAGAAACAACUCUGAAAGAACUUGAAAAGGUGACAGAAACUAGAGCAAUGGCAAAAAUGAAAACAUUACCAUAUGAUCAAAUCACAGAAGCAAGUAAAAUAAUUAACAAAAUUUUGCAAGAAUUGUAUGCAACAAGUAACCACAGUUUGGCUUACCCAAUAAAACUCUCCUCUCUGGAUGCUCUCACAUGCCCACAGCACACAAGAUCUACCAAAGAGCAAACAUGCUUUUACCUUGAAAAUGUGUCCUCCCAGUUAGAACAGAUUUUUCCUAAGGAAGGUAUCUUUAAAAAAAUGUUUGAUAGAUGGCAAAUGGAAACAAAUGAUAUGGAAAAUGAAAAAUGUAAACUAUUGAUAAUUGCUGAAAAUAUUUUGAAGAAUAUUUCAAUAAGAGCAAGAGACUUAGAAUAUUCUCUUUCACUUUUACAUUUGCCAGUUCUUGAGGAUUGUGCAAGCAGGUUGCAUAAUCAGGUCAAAGAAAGUUCUACCAGAGAUGAAGAUACCAAAGAACAAAUUAAUAAAUUUGGAAGGGAAAUUGUAGAAAUGCUAUUUGAAAAAUUACAGUUCUGCUUUUUGUCCCAGAUGUCCAUUCAAGAGAGCAAAGAAACUCUAACAAAUAGGAAAGAACACCUGACUGCUAAAAGAAAGCAUGCUUUUCCAAGCAAGCAAGGCCCCAGCAGUUUUCCAAUCUAUACCAUGAAGACAAAAGACCAAAUUUCCAGAACCUCUAGAAACCAAAUUGUGGAAGAAAUCGUUGAAAGAGUCUUAAACAUGUUAGAGUCAUUUGUGGACUUGCAAUUUAAGCAAAUCUCUAAAUAUGAGUUUUCUGAUAUAGUGAAAAUGCCUAUAGACAAUCUUUCUCAAAUCCAACAGAGACUAUUAGUUAAAAAACAGUUGCCAAAAUUACAACCCCUGAAGAAGAGUUCUGAUAUACCAGACUCAAGUAGUAUUAUUUCCAAAGAAAACUUACAUAAUACACUUUUAGAGGUUCAUUUGUUCCAUUCAGAUUUAGUUACAUAUGCUGUGGAUAUAGUCAGGGACAUGCUUGGUAUAAUCAAGAAUAAGCUAGACAAGGAAAUAAGCCAAAUGGAACCCUAUUCAGUUGACAUAUUGAAAGAGAAUACUGUAGCCAGUGAGACCAUUGGCACACUAAUAGAUCAAUGUACUAAUUUCCAUAAGUCAUUGAUCAAAAACCUUCCAAAUAAAAGUUUCUUUCCAAGAAAUGAAAAUGUUUACAUUGUAAAUCAGAUUGAAUUUGCAUCCAGAAUGAAAAAACCUACAUCAACACUAAAUAAUGUUGGUUUGGGAAAUAAUCCUGCACCAAGGAGUGGGCCUGGCUUUGUAUUUAAUUCAGAGGAAGAUGCAGGAAAAAAAUACUGCCUUUCCUCAAGUUCACAAUCAUAUGCCAGUUCCUUCGCACCAGAAACAAUUAAAAGCUCAGAGUCAAUGGAAAGGCCCAAAUCAAAAACUAUGGCAUCGUGUUUAACAAACAAAUUACAGCAGUACAGCCUAAGGAAUUCUAAGUUUGGACACAGUGAUGCAGCUAUGAAUACACUCCCUGAAGGAAGUGUCUUACAAAAACUGUUUAAGAAAGUGAAUGACUCCACAGAUGAAGCUUUAAGACAAGCCAUGUCAUUCAUAGAUAUGGGAAAAGGUGGAAACCCAAAAGUAUUUCAUUAUGAGACCCUAAAACCAAAUGAAAUUCAGACAACAGUUUCCCCACUCAGAAUCUGUUUAGCUGCCGAAAAUAUUGUCAAUACUGUGCUGUCAAACUCUGGUUUUCCAUAUCAACAAUACACAAAUGAAAGCAUGGAAUCAAUGAAACCAUUUUUCAUAUCUGGAGGAGGAAAGAAGGAAGAGAAAAACUUUCAUAGAGUAUGGUGUGAACCAAUCAACUGUAUACCAGAAAAACAAAGCAACUACCCAGAAGUCUUGAGGAAAGAUUGUUCUUUAUUACAAAAAUGGCAAAAGAAGAACCCAACGAUAAAAAUAAACACUUUGAAAGAAGUUGAAGUCAUUGCUUUUGCUGAUCAUGAGCUGGGUCCAAAUGAAAUUCAUUUGGUAGCACGGCAUAUCACUACAUCUGUGGUCACACAUUUGAAAAACUUCAAAACUAGAGUUACCACUGAAGAGAAGAUAUCCAUUGUUUCCACAAUAUCAAGGAAAAAAUAUGAUUCAACACAUCCUCCAAUAAGCAUAUAUAGUAAUUCUUCAAUUUAUCAAUUUUGUGAAUACCUCACUGAGUCAGUCAUUUGCAAUUUAAUAACAAGCAUUUCUGAUGGCACCAAAGAGGACAGAGAAAAAAGCAAUGAAUGGGAAAUCCAAGAAGCAGCAUUUAACAAAAUUGUUUCAAUUCAUUCUCAAGUGUUUGAGACCAGGUCAAUUUGUAUUGGAGAACUUGCUUUAAGUAUUGCUGAAACCAUUACUGACAUUCUUUCUAAUGGUAACAUUAUAGAAGCCAAUAUUGCACAGCAAAUAUUUUCCAUGAAAACCAAAUACAUCUACUGUCCGGGAGUAACUUCUUCUGAUUUUGAUGAUCUCUUUCAGGAUCUCUUAGCAGGUGUGAUUCAUGUAAUAUCCAAAGAAAUAGGAACAAAUCACCACUUUGGAAAUAGUGCAAGAAACAAAUCAUUUUCACUACUUAGAAGCAAUAGCAUGUCUAUAUGUAACAAAAGUCACACCACUGACAGCCAAAUGGGCUCCAAAGAACAAGAAUCAUAUACUUAUCAAAUUGAUCAACUUGUUCAAAAAAAUAAAUUAAAUUAUCUAGCACAUAGGUUAGACAGACUGAUUGGUAGCCUAAAGACUCCUGAAUCUAAAGAAGUAGUCAAUAAAGUCUUUGAUAUUGUAUUAGAUUUAUUUUUACCAGAUGAAAACCCAGGUGGGGAUAUGGACUCUGGAAAAAUAGCAAAGAGUUGUUUCUCUUCUUCAAGUAUUCAAAGUAAUAGAAUACUUAAGAAUAACCUAGGCCUCUCCCCUAAGUCAGUUUUUCUUCUCAACAUUGUGUGUGAGAAACUUAUUAGAACACUACUGGAGAAAUACACAGGUACCUUCUCUCUUGAAAAUGGUUCUUCUUCUAGUGAAACAUCAGCAGAAAGUCAACUUUUAAAAAUACUUCAAAGUAUGGAAGAUGGAGAUUUUGAUUUUCUUAGGAGAUCAAUGGACUGUGAACAAUUUCAAGGAGAGUACAUGUCAGAUCUUUUCGAAAAUAUGGCAGAAAUUGACCAAGAUUUAUUGUCAUCCGAUUGUAUUCUUUCGUUUAUUUCCCACAGCUUAGUUAAGUCAUUGAUGGAUAAACUAUCUAACAGUUUAGGACAAGCUCCUAAAACCCCCUGUUUUGAAAACAAAUAUUUAAAUUAUCAAAUGAGAAAAAUUCAAUCGAAAAGGCCCGACUUUAAAGAAUUAGGACAAAUUAAAGGCCCUUUUGGAAUCACAAAUUGUGACAGCAAUCCUUCAGGCAGAUCUCUAAAUUCCAGUAUGGCUAGCUCCAAAAUUAAAGUACCAUCUGACAAGAAAGGUGCAACAAAAUCUUUUUUGCCAUGUUGUAGUAAACAAGAAACAAAGGAAAUGGGUACAAUACCCACUCCUCACAAGCUAUGUCAAAGAGGCAUCAACACAGGUAUUUAUUCUGCCACAUUUUUGGAGGAAAUCAUUUCACAAUUGUUUUUUAAACUCUCUACCUCAUUGUGGAGAAAGAAUGGGAAUAUCACGGAAGCCCGGCUCAAUAAGGUAAACACAUUAUUUGUGAACACUGUAGUAAAUGAGUUCAACAAUGCACAAAUCACUGUUCUACGGAAUGCUGAAGAAAAGCUUUGUUUUCCACCAGUCUGUAAAGAAAUUAUUAGUAAAAUUGUUGACACAGUCUACUGUGAUGUUUUACAGUUGUAUCAGUUGGAAUCUACUUACAGUAAUAAUCUAACAUAUGACAAUACUUCAGUAGCUGAACAAAUAUUCAAUAGCAUGUUGUUAGAGAUUUUUGACUACCAACUCUCAUCUAGUAGCAAGAGAAGGUUCAGACCUUGUUCCUUUUACCCUCUCAAUGCUGAAAUUAUACUUCAAAAGCUUCAAAACAACCUGUCAAAAUUUACUUUUCAACCCAGGUCAUCAGAAGGCUAUAGCACUAUGUUACCACAGUCAUUUUUGGAAGAUGUCAUCAGAAAACUUUUGUCUCAGCUCCUUCCAUCAUCCAUGAUAUGUUGUUCUUUGGACAAAAACUAUUUACAGCAUUCAGAUUUUAAUGAAAUGUCAACCUAUAUAAUAAAUAAAGUUAUGUCCGCCAUUUCAAAACAUAAGAUCUGUUUAACUGUCUGUGAUAACCACAAUCUGUAUACAAGGAAAAACCUCCGAAAGAUGGUGGAUUCUGUGUAUAGUAAUAUCUUGCAAAUGUCUGACUCUCUUGCUUCAGUAAAGAGAAGUAUAAUCAGUCGAAGUCCAAUUAUGAUUGACCAAAUAGCCAGCUUCAUUAUCCAGGAGAUAAUUGAAAGUCAUCUCCAACCAUUUUUGUGUGGAGAGGUUCUGCCUCGUUCAAGGACACCAAUAGAUGCAGUGUCUGAUAUGGUUAAGCAAGUUCUCAAUGAAGUCAUAGAAACCCACACACCCCAGAACCCAUCUAAGUGUGGUAUUUACCCUAAAAAAUUUGUAGGAGAAAUUGUUGCCAGGCUGUUAUCCAAGAUUUUUAGCCCAAAGCUUAGCAGUGAAGUUGAGCUAGAGAAAAUAACAAGAAAAAUUAUAAAUACAGUGCAUAAACAUUUUGACAAAGCUGAAAUUCAUAUUCCAUUUGAUAUCAAGGCAAAAUAUUUUCCUGCUAGUGAUACAGAUAUUGUGGAUGAACUUGUCACUUCAGUUUAUAGGAAUGUCUUACAGCAGCAUGGUUUUGAUCCUGAUAUUGACACAGAAUCUGAACACAGUGAUAUUUUUGUGGAAAAUGUUAGCAAAUUAAUUAUAAAAGCUCUUUCAAACUACCUCCUCCAUCCCUUGUUUUCCGGUGAUUUGCCGACUUCUUCCUAUUCUAACUCAGUGGCUGAAAAUAUUGUUCAUGACAUCCUCAGUAACUUCAGUCUAUCUAACAAAUCAAGCCACAGUUUGCCUCCAUAUAAUACCGUUCUGCCAUACACAUUUUUAGAAGAUAUGAUUGGAGUACUAUUAUCAAAAUUCUUCCCCUCUGCAUCUAACAUGGAACCAGACAGGGAAAACACAAAGGAUAAAUCAACAGUGAAUUACAAUGAAAUUGCCUCCAACCUAAUCAGUGACAUUCGGAUGAAAAUUUCCCAACAUGAGAUUCGAUUUUCAAAAGAUGAAGAUGAUACUAAAGUUGCUUACUCAGAAAAUGAAGUUCAACACCUUGUGGACUCAGUGUUCAAAAAUAUUUUAAGGGGCUCUGAGUCUCAGGAAUCAGUGGAACAAAGUAUUGCAAGCAGUAAUGAUGUCUUUAUUGAUAAAAUGGCAGGUUUCAUCAUUAAAUAUAUCUGUGAACAGCAUCUCCAGCCAUUCUUGGCUAGAAAGUCGUCAUCUUCUUCCUCAUUUACCUACAAUUAUGACGAAAGUCAGCAGUCACUUUUUGCCAGUGUGUAUUCCUCAAGUUUCUUGGAAGAUGUGGUCUCUGGGGUUGUAAGCAAAAUAUUUCACAGGGUGGUAGGUAUUGUGCAAAUGCAACCAGCAAAAAAUUCUGACAAUGAACUGUUUGAUAAAGCUGAAAAACUCAUAUAUUUGGUAAUAGAGGAAUUCUCAAAAGCCCAAGUUACUGUUAUAGAUAAUGCAGAAGAACAGUUGUGCUUGCCGUCAGUGGAGAGAGAUGUGGUCAGAAAUAUCAUUGACAAGGUAUACAGCAAUGUUUUAGAAGAACAUGAAGUAGAAAUUUUAUCUGAUGAAGAUUUUCUACAUAAUACAAAGUCAUUGGCUGCAAGGAUAACUAAAUUCAUCCUAGCUGAAAUUAUUGAUUUCCAAAUUCACCCAAAUCUUAUAGAAAACCUGCCUUUGAAGUCAUAUUCCAAACUCAGUAAAAAUGUUUUGAUAAACAGAGUCCAAUAUGAUAUCAGUAAGUCAAGAUUCAGGAGACAGGCUUCAACAAUCUACACUACCAUGUUAUCACAUAUGCAUUUGGAAAAAAUAGUCACCCAGCUUGUAUCUCAAAUUAAUCCACUGGCUCCCAGUUCAGAACAAGCACAGUAUACUUCUAAAUCAGACUUAAAUAACACAGUCAUCGAAUUGAUAAAUGAAAUCAUGUCAAUUAUUUCAAAACAUGCAAUAUGUGUUACUAAACAUGGGAAUGGAAAACAAAAUACAAUUUCAGAAAGAGAUAUACAGUCUAUGGUUGAUUCUAUUUAUGCUGAUCUUUCUCAGUCAGAUCUCUACCAAUCUCUCACAAGAGACAGAAAAGGUAUAAGCAACGUGCCUGUUUCAAAAGUAGCAAGUUUCAUCAUAAAAGAAAUCUUUAACCAUCAUCUACAGUCAUUUUUAUCUGGAGAUAAAGCUCUCCUUUCAGCUUCAGUGGGUCAAACUUACAAACAAAAAGCAAUAGAUACUAAAAAGAGAGAGUUGUGUUUCAUUGUGAACUCAGCUGUCUUUUUGGAGGAAGUAAUUUCUGAGGUUUUGUGCAAGAUCCUUCACUUUUUUAUAUGUAAUGUCUUCCCUGCCACAAACCCAGAAAGAGUAGAAGCCAAAAUUACCGACAUAGUUACAACACUAGUAAAAUCCAUAGUUGUAGAGUUCAUUGCAUCAGAGAUUUCAGUUGCAGAGGACUUGGAUAAAGAUCUUUGUUUCUCAGAGGAAUAUAAGGACAUGGUUGAAAGAACAGUCAACUCUGUUUAUGAAAAAGUGUUAGAUGAGUAUAAAUCACUGGUUAAAGUGUAUGAGGUGAUCCAAAGUGAUGCUACCUGCUUUGGGAGGAAGAUAUAUCAUUUUCUUCUAGAGGAAAUUUAUGACUACCAUGUACAGUCAUUAGUUUCAGGAGAAUUAAUGCCUUCUUCCUAUACUUCACCUCGAGCUGAUAACAUAAUCAGAAAUGUACUCAGCAAAAUUCUGACAGAUAACAAUACCAUGGCAUCCUGUGUUACUGUGUUUCCUCGCUGUCUUCUAGAAGAUAUGGUUGACAAGCUCUUAGUGCAAAUCUUCUCUUCAAAUGAUACAGCAAAGGAAGUACAGGAUAAAGAGGAUACUCCCAAUGAUGAUGAGUUUUCACAUGCAGCUUCAAAGCUGACUGAGGAUAUUAUAAAAGAAAUUUUUGAACAUGAGAUCCGACUUGCCACAGCAGAGGAGAAUGAAGAAAGUACUCAACUAGAAGCCAUUGAGAGUUUCGUUGACUCCAUAUGUAGUAAUAUUUUGAAAAAAUCUGAAUUCCAAGCUGAAGUAAAGAAAGAUUCACACAAAAAAGAAGGGUCUUUUCUUAGUAAAAUAGCUGGUUUCAUUAUGAGAGGAAUCAUGGACCACCACUUGCAACCAUUUUUGUAUGAGAAAGAACAAUCUUCCAAUGAGGUGCCCUAUCAUGACCGUCCCACCACAGUGAAGAAAUCUAAGAAAGAAAAGACACAGCCUUCUCUCUUUUCAGCUACAUUUUUGGAAGAUGUAAUUGUUGACCUUGCUCAUAAAUUCUGUUCUUUCCCAAGUCUUCCUGAAAGUUCUAAGAAAAAGGAUAAGCCAGAGGCAGAUAUUGUAGGUGUGGCAAUCAAGUUUGCGAACUCUCUCAUUGGAGAAUUUAGGAAAAGUGAAAUUAAAGUCCUACCAAAUGCUGAAGAAGUAUUUUCUUUUCCACCAAUAGAUAAAGAGACAGUUGAUACAAUAUCUAACUUCGUAUAUGAUCAGUUCAUAGGGAAAUUCAGCUCUAAGGACCUCCAGCAAGACAAUGGGAACAUUGUUAUAGAAAUGAUUGCUGGUUUAGCAAAGAAGGCAAUUUCUGCUUUCAAGAUUCAACCAUUAUUCUCUGGAGACUGGACUUCAACCUUCUUUUCAUUUCUAAAUCCAGAUAACAUCACCCAAAGGGUCCAGCUCCUACCACAAAAUGCUUUUACACAGAUAACUAGAUAUGUAACAGGGAAACAGCUUCCCUCACCAGAUCAAUCAUAUAAACAAAAAACACUAGAGAAGAAAGAAGACAUCCCAGAUCCAAUACUUAGCUCUAUAGCUGUCAUUAUGAAAAGCAACGUGAUUAACCGGUCAGGGUCAGCUACAGAUGUUAUGAAUAAAAAGGAUGGAAAUAAACAGGAAAUUUCCAUCCAAAAGCAUACUGAGCAUUUGUCAAAUAUUAUUUCUGUAACUACCAUCAAGGAAAGGCAGGAGAGUCAGGAGCAUUUGAGUGAAAUUGAAAAGGCAAAAUCAACUCCACAAGAUGCAGAGGGGCAGGCUAAUGAGCUACACCAACAUUAUUCAGUCACAUCUAUUGACACAGAAUAUAAGGAGAAAAUACAAAGAUCUGAUUUAGAAAUAGACAUUGAAAAGAAGAUUGGCAGUACCAGUAGAAGUUCAAUAAAACUAGAUGACAAGCCCAAGACGAGAAAUGUGGGAACUACAACAGAGAAAGUUGCAAAAGUAACUGAAAAGGCAAGCAAAAAGGAAAGGAGAAGCUUCCGGGGUCAAACAGGUAUGGAUGAGGCACCCUACUCGGAUUAUGGAAGUGUCCAAAACGUCAUUGAAAACAUUUAUGGCGAUGUUUUACAAAUGUCCUACCCUCAAGAACAAUUUGAAAUUACAAAACCCAAAUAUAGCAAAAACUCCCAAGGGGAUAAACCUGGCAAAGACUUGUCAUGGUCUGGCUCUGUUAUAACAAUGGACUUACCUUCCUCAAUUAAUCAAAAAGUUCCUUUCGAAGAGAAAGAAAAGGAAGAGAAAGGGAAUGAGAAAAAGAGAGAAAAAGAGGAAGUAAGUGAGAAAGAAAUAGAAAAUAAGCUGAGUAAUAAAGUAGACACCCAAGACAAUAAACCUGGGGUUUUUCCUGCUAAAUUUCUAGAAGAUGUUAUUGCUGAAUUGGUUAACAAAUUAAUCUUCACUUCAUCACCCCAAGAACAAAUAAGUGAUAAUUAUCCAGAUGUUAAUAAUGAACAACAUCAGGCUGUUCUCUAUGACCUAGCUUUGAAACUAACUGAUUCACUGUUGAAGGAGUUUGCAGAUGCUCAAAUUAAGGUGUUUCGGCCUGACAAAGAGAAAGAGCUUUUCUCACAUGCAAGCAAAGAAAAUUUGGUUAAUUUACUCCCUCCAACAUAUAAAGAACCAAUUAAAGAUGAAUCUAGCUUUAAAAUAAAAAUGACAGAGAUUCAUAAAUGGACCCCUUCAAAAGCCUCUUUAGAUACUAUAUCUUUGAUAGAGAAGGUACCAGAAACUGAUAAAACUUUAGUUAACAAAGUUGUUCACUCGACACUUUGCGAUGUUUUGAAAGAACAUAGUUCUCAAGAAUCUAUUUGUGAGGAUAUCACUCAUAAUGGGGAAAGUUUAGCUCAAAGACUAACUAGUUCCGUGAUAAAUGAAAUUUUUCAACAGCAGCUUAACUUGCUAUUUGGCGAUAACAUUCCAGUUUCAGCAUGUUUGCCUCUGGAAUCUAAAGAGAUUGUCAAAAAGCUCCAGAGAGUGGCCCAGACCACCAGUAAAGAAUGUCAGACAUCAUCUCCCUAUACCAUAUUGUUGCCCUACAAAUUCUUAGAGGAUGUGAUUUCUGCUCUUCUAUAUAAAAUUUUCUCAAAAAUACCCGACAUGAGUACCAGAGUAGAAACAUCUGAGGACAAUGCACACACAGAAAUUGACUUUCUUCAAAUGAAGUUAGUAAGUACAAUUGCAAAACAGAUUGCUCAAGAUAAAGAUAUGAUUAUACAAUAUGUCGAAUCCUUACAUCCCAAUGAUGAUGAGAUUAUUCAUUUAGUGGCUCAGUCUGUUUAUAGUAACCUUUUGCCCCAAUUUGGAUCAGAAGAGGUCAUAAGGAAUUGUAUCACUAGCGGAUGUAGGCUCCUUUCAGACUCCAUAGUUGACUUAGUUCUACGAGAAGUAGCUGGCAAUCAGUUGCAGAACUAUUUUUGUGGAGAGUUAACUCCCCAUCAAUGUGCAGAAAUUGACAGUGUUGUGGAAAAUAUCCUUGAAGAUGUCAUCCAAACCACCCCACCUCCACCCCCACGAGUUCACAAGCUCUCUCGUAAUGUAAUAGAAGAAAUUGCUGUAAAAUUUUUAUCAAAGCUUUUUUCCAUGUUUCCAAAAGGGAAUAAGGAAAGAACCAAAUUUCCAGAAAUGGAAAUGGAAAAAAUGACCUCAAAAAUAUUAAAUUCAUUCCAACAAUUUAUCUGCAAAAGUAGGAUACAACUUAUAAAACCUGAUAAAGCAUCACCUUCUGUACCUUUAGCCGACAAUGCAACUAUUGAAAAAGUAGUUAAUUCUGUCUAUACCAAUGUCUUGAAACACUCUGGCUCUCAUUCUUCUGUAUUUAAAGACUUGCUGGGUAAGGACAAUGCCCUUUCUGAUAUAAUAGGCUGUUUAAUGGUGAAGGAAAUCUCCAAAUCUGAAUUUCAGCCUCAGGUAGAGAAAGAAGCAUCAAAUUCGGAAUUAGUUCUGGAAGCUGUCAAAAUAAUGGAAAAGGUAGUCAAAAUUAUCAAUGAACUGAAGUCCCAGGAGAAGUCCUCACCCAGUAAACAUUCUCUGUUAGAUGGCCAAAUUUUAGAGGAAGCACUAGCCCAGUUUUUGGCUAAACUACCAGUCCUGCCAAGUGCUGAAAGCAAAACUGCAAGCAUCUUAUCAAAGCCUGAGUUAAACAAAAUUGCAACUCAACUGACAAACACUGUAUCAGGAGAAAUUACCAGAAGUCAUAUUAACCUUGUAACUGCUGAUCCUGGGGAGCAUUCUUUAACGCCACACAAUAUGGAAAUUGUUACUCAGGUUAUUGAUUCAAUAUAUAGUAAUAUAUUACAACAAUCUGGAACCCUUAAAGAACUUUAUGAUACGAGACGUGCAAACACAGCUUUUCCUCAAAAGGUGGCAAGCCUGAUUAUUGAUGAAGUCUCAAAAGCUCAAUUAGAUAGAGUUCUGUCAAGUAAUUCAGCCCCCUUUGGAGAGCUAAACAUCAGUAGAAUUGUUGAAAAGGCACAAAAGCACACUACAAAUGUGACUACCGACUCUGAUAAAGAACUGUCGGAUGAAGAAACAUUUAGAGACCCAUUACCAGUUAAAAUAGUUCCACAUGUUAGGGAAAAACCCAUCAAAAUUGAUCCAAACAUUGUGGCACAGCACCUAGCAGUACUCUCCAUAAAAACCCAACCAAUUGAGCAACUUCAGAUGGAAUGUUUAAAGAGAACUGGACAAAGCAUAGCAGAACUGAGAAGAGCAUCAAUAACUGGGAGAAAUCACUCCUCCACUUCAUCUUCUUUGGAAGGGAAGGUAAAAGAAAGACGUACCUCAUUGGAUAAGACGGGACGACUAGAUAUAAAACCCUGUGAGGCUGUUUGUAGAAAUUCAUUCAUGAAUAUGAAAAAGCCUGAUAUCACGAAGAUCGAGCUUUUAAAAGAUGUUCGUAACAAAAAAGAGCUGAUCAUUCGGUUAGUAGCUCAUGAUAUUGCUCAAGAACCUUCAGAAAUGAGCAGAGAUGAGGAAAUAGAUUCUGAUGAAGAAGAACUGGUUUUAAGAGAGUUUGUUGCUGAAGAAGGUUUAACAAAAAUAUCUGAACAUCAAGAAAGCCAAGUUUUAAAGCCAGUAGAAAGCAAUAUAGCAUCACCUAAGUCAACGAUAAGUGCAAAGAGCCUGAGGAAGUUUUUAUCACUAAGCAAUUGCUGUCAGUCCAAAACUAGUGUGAACAUUGGAAAGACUGAGGCAUCCUCAAACCAGGCAAUGGAAUCUGAUAUGAGAAACAUUAAAAGAGCUGUUGGUGAGCUUGACAUGGCUUCUUCAAAAAGUUUGGCUAAAGCUAACUUUCCUCAAGAGAAAAAGUUGCACCGUAAGAAAGAAGAAAGGGUUCCAAUUAAUGAACCACCACAUUACUUCAUACACAGAAUUAUGAGUUCAUCUUCAUACAAUCAAGAGGAUCUUAUUUCAUCUGCUAGUGAAGCAGAAGAUUUUAACCCAGAACCAAGUGCUAAAGAGUCAGAAGAAACUUCUCAGGAACAAAAGUCAGAGAAUUUGAAUAGUGUUAAGUUUACCACCAUCUUCGAUGGAUCUAAUGAUGAUACUGACAUUGAACAGACCUCAAAGGAAAUUAACUCAGAUAGUUCCAAAUCCAUUAUAUCCAUACAAGGAUCUAAAAUGCUAGCAAGAGUAUCUUCAACACUUUCAAAGGUGUUUUCUCGAUCUAACCCGAAUAUUCCUAAAUCUUGCUCGAAACCUCACCAAGAUGACCAUUGA